AUGCUGUCCUCUCGUCGUGGUGCUGCUUGCGAGCUGCUUGCGUCGGCUUCUCCAUCAAGGGUUCCGCUCGCUGGGCCUUCCCGCCCGAGACGCUCUUCCACUGCCAUCGCUGCUUCGAGCCCAUCCGUGUCCACGAGCAUAGCCAAUAAAAGACACUCGCUCGCUCAGAUCCGUGACUCGACUGCUUAUAUCGCACGUUACCGCACCCUAGGCGCAUCUGCACAUCCACUGCUCUCCUCCGCGCUCACAAAACCAAGCCACGCAACACCACACGAGCCGUCGGCUUCGACCGCAAGUCACGCAGGCAUCAGUACGGCGUUACCAUUGAGCAGCAGUAGCACCAUCAUCGACACGUCCGGACCAGUGGCACAUCCUGUCUCUUUGACGGUACGGUCGAAAUCCACAAAUGCAUCCGAUCAACUCGACGAUACAUGGGCUUUUGGCGGUGGGGCCAAAAGUCAAGGAGGUCCAGUAGCUUCUCCUACAGAGGCAAACGCAACCAUGUCCCAUGGCAAAGCUUCGGGCGCACCGAUCGUCAUGGGGAACGCGGGUAAAGGCGCCAUUCCCAACUACGGCAAACGCAAAAUGAACACCAUCCACGUAUCCGGUCCAUCGUCCUCCUGUGCAACGCGUCCAUCGACACCCGUCUCUCCCGCCUCGCCAGACGCCACACUCGUCAAUCGCUACGAACACCGCUAUUCGCCCUCGACUCGAAGCGAGCAGCCUCUUCCACAGCAUACCUACUUUUCCUCACCGUCGUCUUCUUUCAAUGCUUCGUCCUUUGUGGCACCUGGCAUACAGCCGCCCUUGGCUGGCACUGCCACGGCCGGCGUUGGACAAGGUCAUCCUGGCAUUGGCAUCGUGCGCAAAAAGUCGGCUCUCAUCUUCCCUGGUCAAGGCUCGCAGUACGUCGCCAUGUCCAAAGACUUGUACAAGGCCUUCCGUUCAGCGAGGUCUAUCUGGCACCAGGCAGAAGAGGCGCUAAUAAUGACACCCGGCAUCCACUCUCACCAUUUCAUCCAGGGCGAACGAGCGACCAGUGCUGAGCAGCGGGAGUUCUUUGAAGCCGAAUUGGCCAAAACACGGCCUCUGGAUCCCAAGCAAGGUCUGUCGGCGAGCGGCACAGCCGUGGCCAGGAGUCGAAGGGGUUGGCUCCGCGAUCUAGUCUUCUCAGGCGAUCAGCUCGAGUUGACCAGAGCCGAAAACGCCCAACCUGCUAUCCUCACCUGUACGCUCGCAUUCUUGCAGGUGCUUCGCAAGGAGUUCUCACUAGAUCUCAUCCAGGAUCAUGUGCAAUGGGCGUCCGGUCAUGGCUCGGGCGUGUACGCUGCGCUCGUCGGGUCGGGUGCUAUGGACCUGCACGAUGCGGUGCGAUUGUUGCGACAUCGUGGUCUGGUUGCAUCGCAUUACACGGAGAAUCAUCCGGUAUUGUUCCCGCCUGGCUGCAAGAAACCCGAGAGCAUCUACGAGACGUGGGCGUUUGCCAAUGCUGGCAGCGGUAAAGGCGCCGACUUGCUGUACGAAGAGGAUGAAGCUGCUGCUGCCUCAAACGGCGAAUCCAAAGCAGCACCGGGAUGGAAGCGUACGCAGAUGUCAGGAGUCGUCGUUCGACCAGGCAAGCUCAAGGCGGUGAUCCAUGAAGUCGAGCAGGUGUUGCAGGAUAUACGCAACGGUAAAGUGCCCUCGGUUGCACGCGACGAAGUGGUUGAGGUGGCCAACAUCAACAGUCAGCUUCAGAUUGUACUGUCCGGAACUCGCGUCGGCGUCUCUUACUGCUGCGACAGGUUACGGUCAAAGAACCUCGGCGCACGCGCGGUCAAUUUGCCCGUUUCGGGAGCGUACCAUUCGAGCCUGAUGCUCGAGGCGUCUGACUUUUUGCGUCCUGUUGUCAAGUACAUGCCGCUCUCAGAUCCGGUGGGGCUUUCGCUAGUUUCGUCCAAGGAUGGAAGUGUGAUACGGGACAGCGAGACGAUCAGGCAAGAUCUGAUGGGUGCUUUUGCCAGACCGGUUCACUGGCUCAGCAGCGUAGACACGUUGCUGGCACAGGGCGUUGAAAGGUUCAUCUGUUUGGGCCCCGGCAGGGCGUGUGCGCAUCUGUUGAGCAAAGAGCUCGCGUACAGGGAUAAGCACAAGCAGGCGCGCGGCGAUCAGAGCGAGUCGGCGUACGAAGUGUGGUCGCUCGCUACCGUCGAGGAUGUAGAGCAGUUGGCAGCGGCGUUGGAAGACGUAUCGAAGAGCGAAGGCGUGUUGCCGCCGACACCCACUUACGACCAGGAUCGUCUUGUAGCCGAUUGA